UGUUGAAAUAGCAGGGGAGGAUAACAGGAAACGCUACCCAAGCAAUCACAUAUAAGGGAGAGAGAAAGAGAGUCUCUUCCAUAUCUGCCACACGUCUAGUUGGAGAAAGAGGGAGACAUGGAAGGUACAAUGGAUCCCUGGAAGAUAUACCUUGUGAUUAUAGCCUUGUGCUGCUCCACCGUGCUCUCUUGUCCAGAUCACUGCACCUGCGAUUCAUCUGCCAACAGCUCUGCCGUGGUCUGCAGCUCAGUGUACCUCGGAGGCUUCCCUUCGGGCUUCCCCAAUAACACUGUCUCGCUCUCUAUUGAAUUCACUAACCUGAGCACCAUCUCCCUAGAGGAUCUGAAGGGGGUACCCACCCUCGAAGCACUCCACCUGUCUGGAAACAAGAUCAGAGCUCUGCCUUCAGGCUUUCUCAAAGACCUCCCUCUGCUCCAUACGCUCGACCUCACUGACAACCUCCUGCAGGACAUGCCUUCCGAAGUCUUCUGUGGCUCAUCACUGCAGAACCUGGUACUCAAAGGCAACCGGCUCAUGGCCGUCAACCCCUCCUGGUUCCAGUGUCUGAGCAACUUGACCUGGCUGGACCUGUCCGACAACAGGCUGAAUUCCGUCCCUCUGGCCGCUCUCCAGCACCUGCCCCAUCUGAAGAUCCUUGACCUCAGCAACAACAAACUAGAAAAGCUUCCAGAAGGUGCAUUGAAUGAUCUGCCAGAACUGGAGAGACUGCACUUAUCUGGCAAUAAGCUCAGCGUCUUGGCUCCCAAAACCUUUGACCAGGCAACCAAUCUCACCCACCUCUUCCUCCAGGAGAACCUGUUGAAGAAGCUGCCGUACGGUCUCUUCCUGAAGCUGCAGCACUUGGAAGUUUUGGAUCUCAAUACCAAUGGUCUGUCCACAAUCCCCCUGGGGCUGUUUGACAAGCUAGAAGGGCUCGGGGGACUCUCCAUUCAAGGUCUGGACCUCGCCAGCAACCCCUGGGAGUGCGACUGCAAAAUCCUCUACCUUUGGCAGUGGCUAAACAGCAACAAGGAAAAAGUCUUCUUCCUGAAGGAUAUCCAGUGUGCCACGCCUGAGGGUCUCAAAGGGAAAAUGAUCGCAUCCCUAACAGAGAAGGAGGUAGCGGGGCCCUGCUGAGGUUUUACUUCAGUCUCCCCCAGCAUGGAAAUCAAGCUUAAUUUAGUUACUACAUUUCCUUCUUGAACUGAACCAGUCCUAUAUGUGUUAUGCCAGUAUUGGUUUCAAUCUGCACAAACUGAACAGCGUGUGUGCACUCUUGUACAUUUUAGUUUAAAUUCCUUUAUGGAGUCCUUUAUUGAGCUGGCUGUACUCAGAAUCUAAACACCUGCUUUUCAAUUUGUGACAAUUCACCCGUUUAAAAAAAAAAACAACCUUACUUGUUUUACAUAAACAUACAGAUAUUUUUAUAUUGUGUCUCAUAUAAAUGAAGUUGAAUUGAACCAUG